UUGUCAACAAGAACAACAAACGGAAAAUGUCAUAAUCACUAAAAGUUGAUCGAGCUGAUUUGAUCUAAAUGAAAGAUUACUAGUUUAAAUAUUGUGCAAUAUCCAUAGUAAAAAUUAAACCGUAUUGCUGAAGAAAUUGUAGUGGUGCCUAUUUUUCUUGGUUUACGUUCGCUCCCUAAAAAUUCAGUUCAUGUUUGCUUUGUGUUCAUCUAUGGGGCAAUAGGAAAAUGAUUUCAAUUAAUUAUUUUAAUCUAACAUUUGGAGGAUAAACUAAAUUUAAUUUCUAUUUCUUUGAAAGUACAUCUUAAACUAGGAAACAUGACCACAAUAACUAUGGAAGAAUAUGAACUCAUGAAAGAAUCGAAAUAUCGCAUGUAUGUGGCUGCAGUAGACAAGGCACUGAAAAACUUCGAAUAUACAUCUGAAUGGGCAGAUCUUAUUUCUGCUUUGGGCAAACUAAAUAAGGUUCUAUCUACAUAUUUGAAGUAUCCGGUUAUACCUAGGAGAAUUAAAAUAAGUAAAAGACUGGCACAAUGUAUGCAUCCUGCCUUACCCUCAGGGGUUCAUUUGAAAGCUUUGGAAACUUAUGACAUUAUAUUUCGUACAAUGGGGACCAGUAGGUUAGCCCAGGAGUUGUUCAUUUAUAGCGCAGGUCUCUUCCCUCUGUUAGGUCACGCCGCGAUGAACAUAAGGCCGCAACUUUUGAAAAUUUACGAAAACCAUUUUGUGCCGCUUGGCGAGAGGAUGAGACCAGCCCUCAGUGGUUUUCUGAGCGGGGUGCUUCCGGGCAUCGAGAGUGGAUCGGACCAUUUUGAACGAACCAACGAUCUUUUAGAGAAGGUCUGCGAAGGCGUUGGUGCUUCGUAUUUUUACACGUGCAUGUGGCAGUGCGUCGCCAACAACAGUCCCGUUAGACUAUCUGCGAUAAGUUACGUGUUGGCGCAUUACAGCAAAAAACUGCCGAUGGAAGACCAGUUGUACCUGAUGGGCCAUGAUAUAGACCUCAUGGUUUGUGGCCUGUGUGCUGCAGUGCAGGACUCCAGCGUUUUGGUGCAGCGUUCUGCGUUGGAUCUACUCAUGGUAUGUUUUCCCAUGAACAACAAGCAGCUCCUGUACGCCGACAUGGUCAGGCUUGUAACUGCAGCACUGUCGACAAUAUUGAGGAGGGAUAUGUCGCUAAAUAGGAGGUUGUAUUCUUGGCUUCUGGGGACAGAAACCCACAAGGUGCCCGUAAGCCCUAUGGACGCAGAGAUAGAUUUAACCGAUACCAAAAACAUGUCCGUGGCCUAUAACCUUCUGAACGACGCCAUCCGGGUAAUCUUGACCAACAGCAGUUCGAAACCGCAGAUCGACAUCAAACCUUACAGACUUCUGACGUCCCUCUUCGACAAACCUCAGAUAGGCCCCGUUAUUUUGGACAGCAUUUUAUACGACGUUUUCAGAGCUCUUUACCUGUCUUGCUUGAAUUUACAGAAAAGCAAAAACGGAUCGGCCAGAUGCGUAUCUUUCAACGGAGAUCUGAACAGUUUGAACAUCGUGGAUGAUCGUCUGGUGAACAAACAGUUCAUCUCGAAAAAUUGUCAGGAGUUGGUCAAGAACGCGAACUUGCUGUUCAACACCUUGCAGAGUUACUACAUAUGGUCGUACGUGGAGAAACUGUUCAAACAAUGCGUGACGAAUAUAAAAAAUUACAAGAAUCGAGACAAAUGCCAAGUGAACGAAAUUGGAUCUGGCGCUCCACACAUUUUAGAGAUAUGCAUCUUGACUGAAUUUCUCUUAGACAUAAUUCCAAUCGAAUCGUACGGCGAAACUAACACAAAUAUACAACCUAAUUUAUUCAACAAUAUAAUAAUUACCAUGAAGCAUAAUUUGAACAGUUUGAAUUCCGUCGAAAUAAUCGAAAGCCUGAACCUUUGUAAUAAGAUUCUAAACAAGAUCCAACCUCUGGCGGCGUCUGUGGAUACAGUUCCGCUGGUCACCGCCGACGAGUCCGCCGAGGUGGAUAAACAAAAAUCCGAUUCUUCCAUGAACGUCGAAUCUUCGCAGGACGAGGUCGAUCAGCCGGUGAAGUCUUUGGAGAAGAGCAAGUCGGAUUCUCGACUCAACGAGAACAUGAACAAUUCGGAAUUGUUAACGAUAGACGAGUCCAGGGAGAGAUCGAACAGCAAUCAGAUGGGGAAGAAGAAGGAGAGAUUCAGUCCGAAGAUCGAUAAGAAGUCGAAGAAUAAAAAAUCCAAGUCCAGUUCGAAACUGUACGACAUGAAGAAGGAGGAUUUGAACGAAUCAGGCGAUGAAAAUUCGGAGAAUCAGGAUAGUAUCAAGGAGAAGGUGGAGGAGGAGAAGAAAGAGGCGCCGUUGCCUUUGAAAGUGGCAACGGUGGAGAAUAAGUCGUUUUUGAAAUGCCUGGAGGAGUACAAGAAGUUCUACGUGGUUUUCGUGGAAGUUAAAGUACUACCCGAUAUAAAUAUCCACGUGUUCUUCAAAUCCAUGGUUUGCGAUAAGAACGAACGGAUUAAGAAGUUGCAGAAAUUGCUGGAGGAAUGCCUGAGUAACCAUUCCGAAUUUGAACCAAUCAGCGUUAGGGAUGUCUUGUCGAGGAGUAGUACUUCGAAUUCGGUCGCUACUACACCUGAUUAUCCGAAUUCGGAAUACGAGAAAGCCACGUCUAUAGCUUGUAGUAUACUCUUGGAAUUUUCCGCAUUUCCUAAUUUGACAAGCCAUUCCGUAUCCGGCGAGAAAUUUGUACCAUCCUGGUUGCAGGCUUUGAUUGCGGCCUCUUGCUGCAGACUUUCUUCCAAAGAAAUACAACUGAGCGCUAUGAACGCGUUGUUGGAGAUUUUUUCGCUUGCCAAAGCUCAGAAUCCAAGUAAAAAUGAUGAAAGUAGCAAUAAUGUCAUUAUUACCGGGAUCCUCAGCAAAGAACAUGUCAAUUAUAUUGAAGAGAAUACUAUUGUAAUCGAGGAAAUGGCCCAGAUAUUGUGGCAGUUCCUGAGCCAGACUGACAAUCAAAACCACACUAUUUUAUGCGUAACGUUACUCUACCAGAUUCACAAUAUUUUUGAUGAUAAGCUUUUCGUUGAGAGAAUCAUCGGAAAGUAUCUUUCGAGUGAAAACUUGACGCUGGAAUACAUAAAACGAUUCUUUUUGGUUUGGCAUCUCGGAAGAGACCUAAAUAUCAAAUUACCAUUGAACAAACCCAACAUAAGGAAUUUUGACAGGUCCCUAUUGAAAAUCUUGGACAAUCUCCAGAACUACGAGAAACUCAACUUGAAACUCUUGGCGGAAUCAUUCUUGUCCCACAGUCUGCUCCACAACGACAUCCCACGAAUUUUGAAUCCACUUUUGACGAAACUUUUAUCUCCGAACACUGCAAGAGUAGCGAUACGACACGUCAACAUACAAGACUCAGAUUCGCAAAGCGAGAUGAACGUUCAAGAUAACGCCAAGGUUGAAUAUAACCAACCGAAGAUAAUUUAUGCCGUGAGUAACGUCAACGGUAAUAUAAUGUACCAUGUGACAUCGGAUGGGCCCAGUCCUAAACAAAAGAGUAAAUGGUUUAUAUUUUCCAAGAAUAACAAGAAGUUCCAACCGUCUGUAGUGAAUGUUACCACCAGCGUGACUGAGGACUUAUCCAACGUUAUCACGAAGAAAAAUAAAGACUUCAAAUUACAGCAGGUUUCUCCAAAAUUCGAUAAGAACGGGAAGGGAAACGUUAAACUUUUCAUCAAUCCCUUGAGUUCCAAGGAGAUAUACCCCACAGGACUGGACGGCUCGUAUUCGAAACUAGACCCUCACAAAUCCCUCAAUUCCUCGACUGAAAGUUUGACCUCCAGUAACGACUGCACCAGUCACGAUUCGCCAUUCAAAAGUUUUCCGAAUGAAAGAGAACCGACGACCAUGGACUCCGGGUAUGAAUCGGUCGUAAAGAGCAAAACGCAACCGGAUUUGAUAGGUAUGCUCUCGAACGGUCCGCCGAAAAAAAUAUUAGAAAAAAUUGAACCGAUAGAAGACGGCGUCAAAGAUAAGUCCAUAGAUCCGAAAAUACCGAAAUCGAGGAGCUUCGAUGAAAAGAGCGCCAGUAUGGAAAACGCGAGCGGACAAGGAAAUUCGUUGGUUCACAGUUGGUCUUACUGCUUGUCGGAUUCCGAAAACUUACACGCAGAAUUGGAGUUGAGCACUAGUGCGGAGGACUUCUUCAAAACCACCGAUAAAGCGGUUAUCGCUGAAAUAAUGUCGGAAUUGUUGGACAGGGUUUGUGAGAGGCUGGACGGCGAUUCUGAAAUCACGGAUUCUAGUUCGACGACCACCAACAGGCACUCGGAUAUGGAGGUUAAACCUAAAAUCCAUCAUUCAUCCAAGAAUUUCGUCCUGUACCCCAUCCAUUCCCACAUAUGCCUAUACUACGAAGUUUUCGACUCCAGCCAAGUCUACUACGCCCUACAGACACUGAAAAAUUGCAUUUUGAGCAAUCCGCAACUGUUCAUCAAAUGCUUGGCCACGAGCGGUCUUAAAAAUCUCCAGAACAACGAGGUGCUCUACCUUCUGGCUCGACAUCGAAAGUCUAUACUCGGAUAUAACUUCAGCGGGGAGUUGAAUCAGGAAUACGUGAAUUUCUACAGGGGCUACAUGUUCCUAGACGUCAUAAUAUCGAUUUGUUUGAAUUACGCGCGAACGUUUUACCCGUGUUUGGACGAUGCGCAUCUGACGAACGAAGAGAUGAACAUGAAUUUCAAGAUACAGCUCGAGAGUCUGGAGAUCCUCGACGUCAUUGUGAAAAAUUUAACAGCUAUUGUUAAGGAUAACACUAAGGGGUUUUCGAGUUACAUCGCCGAUAUGCUGGUGAAAUGCAAAUUCCAGAAGAUCUUGUUGCAUUGUUUGUUAACGUCAGUGAGGACUUUCGACGAAGACAUGACGUUCGCCGAGGAAGUUUUGAUGUUCAACAACUUUUUACUGUACGAUUCGAACCAGAACGUGGGGGAGCACAUAGAAGCUUUUCAAAUUCAGUUAUUGAGGUUGAUUCAAUCCCUCAUCAUCUUGGAGUUCAACGUAUUUCCGUCGUCCAAACCUAGUGGACCUGCUUUGGAGCAAAUUGCCACUGCCGUCGUUACCGAACUCAAUUAUACGCCCACUAUGUUGACGCCCUAUCAACAGAUCUUCCUGUCAGCCAUCAUGAGCGCGUUGCGUCAGCAGAACAUGAAGAAUUUGCAGGAGAAAUGGCUCAAUAUGGUAACAUCGUGUCUGCCAUAUUUCGGCGAGAAUCUCAAACAGAUAUCCAUCAGUGUUAUCCACCAGAUUUGUAAUAACAUUGAGGAUAUAGCAACGAGUUACAGAAACUGGCAAACGAAUGGCGAACUAUGCCCCGAUUAUGCAGUUACGCAGUUAGAGUCCCUCACCAUUCUAUGCCAUUAUAGUUUGCUAGAUUCUAGUCAGACUGUCAAUCAAAAGAAUGUGCCUGAAAUGUCGGGCUCUACCCCGGUGACCCAUCCCAGUGAAAUAUUCAAUAAUCUCUUCAAUGCCUUCUUCUCCCCGUCUGCCACAGACGGUUUUCCUUCUGUUAAACCCAACGCUGAUCAUUAUCAGAACGCUAGAAAGACGAUACUUAGCCACAUGCCAAGAAUAAUUUCGAGCGUUGCCAAAUUGUGGCAGACGAUAGUUAGUCUGGAAGGUGACUUUAGUAGCGUUUACGGAAACCUGAAAGUUGUGAAACAGCAGCUGCUCGAAUUCCUCAGCCCGAUCGCUGUGCACCACAGUUGCAGCUUCCUGGCUGCGAUAGCUGUAGCGUGGUUCGAGAGAAGGAACGUAUUUUCGAACGUGAAAACUGUUUUACCGGAACCAAAUGCCGGUCAAAAUAACCUGGUGUACCUCAUUUCAGCAAUCAGAGUCAUACCUUUGGAUAAUUUAGUACAAACUGUAACGGCUGUGAUAAAAAACCCUCCCGCGACCGAAGGAUUGAGCUCUGAUAUUUGUCUGGAUGUAUCUGUCUUAGAGUUAUUCUAUUGUUAUAUGAGAAACGCUUCCACUUCUCAAUUGCUCGAAGCCUGGACUUCCUUGUUGACUCUCAUCAGAGAGGGCUGUUCACUUAGUCCCUCAGCUCAGUUCCUUUUGGCUGCUCUCCUUCACGAGCUCAUGAUUAAGUGCUGUCCUCUGGAGGAUCGUAAGGAUCAGAAAGACCUCCAGGAUGUAACGAGCAAGUUGAUUGAAUCAGUAGCACAAAUAUGUGGAUCUUGCCUGGAACAGACAACGUGGCUUCGUAGAAAUUUGGCUGUGAAAGAACAGGACGAAGAUAAUUCUCCUGAUGUCAGUAUUAUAAACAGUGGUGCUUCUGAAAAUAUGAUAGGAAACAGCCAUAGCGUUCAAGCUCAGCUGCUUCUGGCAGAAAUCCUAUCGCCCAUCCUCGACAUCUGCUUCGGAUCGUCCGAGAAGGAGAAGGUGAACACCAUCCUAACCUCCUUGAUGUACAACAUCGUGCCGUACCUCAAGACCCACACGGUGCGCAACAUGUCCAGCUAUCUGGCCUGCUCGAAGCUGCUGGCCAGCCUCAGCAGUUAUCAGUACACGAGGAAGGCGUGGAAGAAGGACGUGUUCGAUUUGCUCUUCGAUAACGCCUUUUUUCAGGUGGAUCAUGCCUGUCUGAAGUAUUGGAAGGUGAUCGUGGACAACCUGAUGACCCACGAUAACACCACUUUCAGAGAUCUGAUGAACAGGGUUUCUAUGCCGCAGAGUGGCAGUUUAAGUUUAUUUACCUCAAGGGAGCAAGAAUAUGAACAGAAAGCGCAGCUGUUGAAGCGUCUAGCAUACGUAAUAUUCUGUAGUGAGAUAGACCAAUACGCGAAAUAUAUGUCGGACAUUCAAGAACAAUUGACGACAAGCUUGAGACUGCCAUCGCCAAAUAUACAGGCGCAGGUUUUUCUUUGUUUUAGGGUUAUACUAAUAAGGAUGAGUCCUCUUCAUGUCACUUCUUUGUGGCCUAUUAUCAUAAGCGAAAUGCUGCAGGUGUUUUUGCAGAUCGAACAGGAGCUGUCAACGGAUACUGAAGAAUUCAGGACAAACAACAGUUCUCAUAUAAAGUUGCUUUCGUCACUUGAUGCGAGUUGGGCUAUAAAUAGCAGCAAUGGACUCCAUGCCAUGGGCCAUCCCCAUUGGCUGAGAUUGCAACUAUCGACUGCCAAACUUCUGGAUUUGACAUUGCUUCUUCCCGCCACCACCUUGCCUCAAUUCCAGAUGUACCGAUGGGCGUUCGUGGGCGACGAUUUGGAUCGCAUCCAAAACUCAAACGCGGUAUCGUUCACCCCCCACGUCGUCCGUAUCGCCGAACAGAUGGACAAGAAAUACAGCCCGACCGAGCAGUUGCCUAUGAAAAGAAACGAGCUCCUUCUCACGACGAACAGCAUCAGCCAAUUGCAGGACCUUCACGGUUUCUUCAAGACGCUGAGUUUGUGUUCGGACCGACACAGGACCGACUGUGUGAGAACUUAUUCUUCCGAUACGCCGCUGGCGGACCGCCAGACCGACAAAAAAUUGGACAUCAUCCUAGAGAAAAUUGAUAAAGUAGUCGAAACUGAUUUCCUCGACAAAAUUCCUAGAUAAAUUGCCGCGUUAAAUUGAAAUCGAUUUUACAAAGUAUAGAUCGAAUGCAACUACCUCGCCAGUCAACGUUAUUUCUUUACAAUCCCCAGUUUGGUGCAACACUAAAAUUCAAAUGUUUCCUUAUCGGUAAUAGUUUUUGAUCUAUUCUUUGUAUUGCAUAAACGCUAAGUUUUAAUAAUUUCUGUAUAGUUGCCCGAUUUUCUUUAUAUUUUUAUAUAAAUGAUAUAUCCAUUGUGUAAUUUGAAUUUUUAAAUCUAAAUUAUUUUCAUUUUAAUUGUUAUUUCUGUAAAUAAUAGUUUUGUAUAGUUAUCGAGUGAUUCAGAAAAAUAAUUAUAUUCCUCGAUAUUUCAAGUUUUUCUGGAUCUACAAAUAUCUUCAGGUGAAUAUGUGAUUUGAGGUUUGGUUUUAUCAAGAUUAUGGUAAGAUUGCAGAACUAUUUUCUGAAAGCUUAUAAUUUUCAACAUUUACCUGAUUCUUGUUAUGACCACGAGUAAAAUUCAGCAAUAAUGGAACUCCGACUUUGUUUUCCAAUUGUUGUUAGUUUUGGUUGUGAUUCUCUAUUAAAUUUUUAUAAUUAAUCUUGAACAAAUUUUUAAAAAUUCGGCGAAAUGAGCUGAGCAUAUCCAAAUUUUACUUUCGAAAAUUUUCCUUGCAAGCUUGGCCCAACAUAUUCAGAUCUUGAGUUGUUUUAAAUAUAUUAGAGGAAUAAGAAUAAUCGCACUAAAAUUGUUUACUGAUUUAUCAGAAUGCACAAUAAAAUUUCAUAGAAUUAUUUUCGAGAAGUUAUUCAGAUUAGUUCUCCAUGGGGUUUGUGCAGUUUAAAGGCCUGUAUACCGGGCAAGUCUUGUUAUCAAUUUGUUGUUGUAAUCUUGGUAGAAUAUGUGCGAAUGGUCAAAGUUUGUUUUCAACAAUAUAGUAAACCAUGUUUUCCUGGCAUUUAACCAAAUGUGAUUUUACAAUGUGAUGUAACUAAAAAUUAGGCAAAUCUUGUUUUAUGUUUUUGAAAUUUUCUGUUCAGAACAUCUUCACGGCAAGAUGCAGAUUUGCUACCUUGAAAUGUGUUGAUAUAUCUUCAUAGAUAUAUACUAAAAUUUGUUAUUAAAAUUAUUUUUAUUGUCAAA